AUGGAUGUCUACAUGAACAAUUCUUCAUCCUUCAACUCGCCUGAUGGUCCAGGAGAAGACCAUGAGCAGUACAACAGUGCGCUCAUGCCCAGCAUCUUCGGGGUCAUCUGUUUCUUUGGGAUCAUUGGAAACUGUAUCGUCAUCUACACCAUUGUAAAGAAGACCAAGUUCUGCUCCCAUCAAACGGUACCAGACAUAUUUAUCUUCAGUCUGUCCAUCGCUGACCUCCUCUUCCUGCUCGGCAUGCCCUUCCUCAUCCACCAGCUCGUUGGCAACGGCUCCUGGUGCUUCGGCGCCACCAUGUGCACCGUGAUCACGGCGCUCGAUUCCAACAGCCAGAUUGUCAGCACCUACAUCCUGACUGUGAUGACUCUGGACCGCUACUUGGCUACCGUCCACCCGAUUCGCUUCAAACAUGUUCGCACCCCCUUUGUGGCCGGGGCAGCGGUGGCGCUGGUGUGGGCGUUGUCUCUGGUCUCCAUCACGCCGGUGUGGAUGUACACAGGACUCAUGCCUCUCAAGGACGGCUCAGUGGGCUGCGCCCUCCUGCUCCCCGACCCAGCCACAGAUACCUACUGGUUCACCCUCUACCAGUUCUUCUUGGCCUUCGCUCUGCCCUUGGUGGUCAUCUGCAGCGUCUUCUUCAAGAUUCUCCAGAACGUGUCGGCUACAGUCGCUCCACUGCCCCAGCGCAGCCUGAGGAUGCGGGCCAGGAAGGUGACCCGUAUGGCGGUGGCGAUCUGCCUGGCGUUCUUCAUCUGCUGGGCGCCCUACUACAUCCUGCAGCUGGCCCACCUUGGAGUGCAGCGGCCCAGCUUUGCUUUCCUGUACGCCUACAACAUCGCUAUCAGCAUGGGCUACGCCAACAGCUGCAUCAACCCUUUUAUCUACAUUGUCUUAAGCGAAACGUUCAAGAGGCAGUUCAUCGUCGCCAUCCGGCCGUCCCACAGGGGCUUCAGGGUCGCCCCCGCUGUGGCCGAUGGCAGCAUGAGUUUGAGGAUGGCAGCGGACAGCUUCCAUCCAUCUCACUCGCAGUCGUCGAGGGAACUUCUUCCAAACACGCUGCCUGUCACUGUGGCUGUGCACUGA